AGUUAUCGUUCUCUUUCUUUCAUUAAGAAGUGAAGCUGUGCUCCGGUUCAGCGCUGAGCAAUUUUAUUUCGGAAAUUGUUUAUCUCGACCGGAAUAUCGCAACAAAAUGGCAGCCGCCGUUGUGUCAGGCAAGGACAUCGAGAAGCCCCAGGCUGAGAUCUCGCCCAUCCACCGCAUCAGGAUCACCCUGACCUCGCGCAACGUCCGCUCCCUGGAGAAGGUGUGCGCUGACCUCAUCAACGGAGCCAAGAAACAGAAGCUCCGUGUUAAGGGACCCGUCCGCAUGCCAACCAAGAUCCUCCGCAUCACCACCCGUAAGACCCCUUGUGGUGAAGGUUCCAAGACCUGGGACAGGUUCCAGAUGCGCAUCCACAAGCGUGUGAUCGACCUGCACUCACCCUCUGAGAUCGUGAAGCAGAUCACCUCCAUCAACAUCGAGCCUGGUGUAGAGGUCGAGGUCACCAUCGCCGACGCGUAGGCACAACUGCCUAAUAUAUUUUAUUAAGAAA